GCAGACUCAGAGAGCAGCUCUGCGGUGACCCGGAGGAGAAGCACAUCGGCCAUUUUGCUCGGAAGGGGGCCUGGGCUUCAACACGUGAGAAAGAGGAACCUGAACAGUCCAGGAUCUCUGACUCCAAGAGGAUAUUAUUGAUGUGUGAACCGACAGAUGCAUAGGAAGCCAACACAAUGCCCACAAUCACUCUGCCGCCGAAGGAGAAUGCUCUCUUCAAGAGAAUAUUGAGAUGCUACGAACACAAGCAGUACAGAAACGGCCUGAAGUUCUGCAAACAGAUCCUGGGAAACCCAAAGUUUGCUGAACAUGGAGAGACGCAGGCCAUGAAGGGUUUAACCCUCAACUGUCUGGGCAAGAAGGAGGAUGCGUACGAGCUGGUUAGACGAGGCCUGCGCAACGACCUGAAGAGCCACGUCUGCUGGCACGUGUACGGCCUGCUGCAGCGCUCAGAUAAAAAGUACGACGAGGCCAUCAAAUGUUACCGCAACGCUCUGAAGUGGGAUAAGGACAACCUGCAGAUCCUGAGAGACCUCUCUCUGCUGCAGAUCCAGAUGAGAGACCUGGAGGGCUACAGGGAGACCCGGUACCAGCUGCUGCAGCUGCGCCCGGCCCAGCGGGCCUCAUGGAUCGGAUAUGCUGUAGCUUAUCACCUGUUGGAGGACUUUGAGAUGGCCGCCAAGAUCGUUGAGGAGUUCCGCAAAACACAGCAGACGUCUCCAGAUAAGGUGGACUACGAGUACAGUGAACUGCUCCUGUAUCAGAACCAGGUUCUGAGGGAGGCAGGUCUGAACAAGGAGGCUCUGGAUCACCUGAACAGCUUUGAGAAACAGAUCUGUGACAAACUGGCUGUGGAGGAGAUCAGAGGAGAGCUGAUGCUGAAGCUGGAGAGGCCGGAGGAGGCUCUGGAGGUCUACAGGAGACUGCAGGAGAGGAACCCGGAGAACUGGGCCUACUACCAGGGCCUGGAGAAGGCCUUAAAGCCAGGAAGUGUAGAGGACCGUCAUAAGAUUUAUGAAGACUCCUGGGUAAAGUUCCCCAAAGGCCUUGUUCCCCGAAGACUGCCUCUUAAUUUCCUGACAGGGGAGAAGUUCCGUGAGUGUCUGGACAGCUACCUGAGGAUGAACUUCAGUAAAGGCUGCCCCCCUGUCUUCACCACCCUCAAAUCCCUGUACAGCGACAGAGCGAAGGUUACACUCAUUGAAGAGUUAGUAGUCGGCUAUGAAAGCUGCUUGAAAUCCUGCAGAAUGUUCUGUGAAAACGACGAUGGGAAGGAAGAGCCCCCCACCACUCUGUUGUGGGUGCAGUAUUUCCUGGCGCAGCACUUUGACUUCAUAGACCGGCACGGUACAGCACUGGAGUACAUCAACGCGGCCAUCGACAGCACCCCCACCCUCAUCGAGCUCUUCCUCAUCAAGGCCAAGAUCUACAAGCACGCUGGCAACAUCAAGGAGGCGGCGCGCUGGAUGGACGAGGCCCAGGCCCUGGACACCGCUGACCGCUUCAUCAACUCAAAGUGUGCCAAGUACAUGCUGAAGGCCGGCCUCAUCAAAGAGGCCGAGGAAAUGUGCUCCAAAUUCACCAGGGAGGGGGCGUCUGCCGUGGAGAACCUGAAUGAGAUGCAGUGCAUGUGGUUCCAGACGGAGUGUGCGCUGGCCUACAAGGCCAUGAACAAGUUUGGAGAGGCCCUGAAGAAGUGUCAUGAGAUCGAGAGGCAUUUUGUGGAGAUCACAGAUGACCAGUUUGACUUCCACACGUACUGCAUGAGGAAGAUGACGCUGCGCUCCUACGUGGACCUGCUGAAGCUGGAGGACGUGCUACGGCAGCAUCCUUUCUACUACAAAGCAGCUCGCAGCGCCAUCCAGAUCUACCUGCUGCUGCACGACCGGCCGCUGAGCGACGACAGCCAGGAGAGCCAGGCGCACACCGAGAAUCUGACAGACAAGGAGCUGAAGAAGAUGCGCAACAAACAGAGGAGAGCGCAGAAGAAGGCCCAGCUGGAGGAGGAGAAGAAGAUAGCAGAGAAGGAGAAACAGCUGAAGAACCAGAAGAAGAAGAAGGAGGAUGAUGAUGAGGAGAUAGGAGGCCCCAAAGAGGAGCUCAUACCUGACAAACUGGCCAAGGUGGAGAACCCUCUGGAGGAGGCAGUUAGGUUCCUGAUCCCUCUGAAGAACCUGGUGCGGAACCAGAUCGAGACCCACCUGCUGGCCUUUGAGAUCUACUUCAGGAAAGAGAAGUACCUGUUGAUGCUUCAGUCCAUCAAGAGGGCGGUGGCCAUCGAGCCGUCCAACCCAUGGCUGCACCAGUGUCUGGUGCGCUUCUUCAAGGGAGUUGGUGAGAGUGCUGACCUGGCGGAGGCGGUGAGGACGGUGCUGAAGCGGGAGAUCUCGCGGCUGUUUGGGGACAGCGACCCUCAGAGCUUCAACAAGAAGUUCCUGAGCCAACACUCCAGCUCCAUCCCUCACAGACUGGCUGCUGCUAAGAUGAUGGUGUACCUGGAGCCCUCCUCCCUUCAGACGGCCUCUGAGAUAGCCAUGGCCUUGGACGAGUCGCUGACCGGGAGAAGCAUCCAGGUCAGUACCGAGGUGCUGGAGGCGCUUUGUGACGGACAGCUGAGUGGGGGUCAGCAGAAAGCUGCGGAGACGUACCGCCCCGCCUGCCACAAGCUCUUCCCCUACAGCCUGGCCUUCAUGCCCCCCGGUUACCAAGACAACAACCCCACCAUUAGUGCCAACGGCGACCUGUCCUCAGGAGAGCACGACGACAUGGCCAACGAAAUGUGAGCCGCGACUACGACAAACAAAGAUGAGGAAGAGGAGGAGCGCACGCCCCAGACGCCUUAGUCCAUCCCCCCCCCCUUCCCUGGGCUAUGGCUGCUGUUCGUCGCCCCCACAAUGCACUGAUCUGGAUGGACUGACCACAGGAAGAGCUGGCACAUGGAGAAAGGCUGUCCAUGGAACUGUUUCACACACACACACACACACACACACACACAACACACAACACACAACACACACACAGGCCCUGUCCACAGACAAUCUAGGAUGGGGAGGCAGGGAGGAUUGUGGGACACUGGACAGUGGACGUCUCAGAUGGCUGUGAACACAGUCCAGGUUUUCUAUGACUCCUGUGUUUCCACGCCAUGUCCUUCUUGUAGGUGCAUCCGCUUCUCACGUUUUUAAAAGUAAUUUAUAUAUUACAAACUGACAAAUGGAUUAAUAAAACAAUGUUUGCAAAACCA